UCGGUUGUGCUCCUACCCACCGGCCUCUCCUGCGCCCGAGCGGCGAAGAAAACGCGCGCGGGAGAGACGGAUGGAGUUUGCGGAACGCCACAAUCCCCGGGUGCGUAAAGCCAGCGGGGCUUAAGAUGGCGCGGGAAGCCCGGAGCGCUGCCUUAGCGCGGGGGUGAGGGGGGUCGGGAGCUUUAGGGGAAGGGGCGAGAGAGAGCGCCCCGCGCUCUUGGAGUGGGGGGGCGAGGGGGAAGGGCCAAGCAGGAGAGGGAUGUGCAGCCCGGGCGCAGGGGGUUCCCUUUUGGAGACCAAGGGAAAGGGAGCGUCGGAGCUCCCGGGCUCUUAGCGGGGAGGGCGAGGGGGGAUUGAAGAGGCGAAGCGGGGAGCUCCGUCCUUGGGCUCCUUUCGAGGAGAGGGAGGCUGGCUGUUCCUUUCUUUUGCGCGAGGGCUAACUUGGAGCGUGAGAAUGCGGACGGCGUAUGAAAGGGCGAAGAGGUUCUGCAACCUUGGAUGCUACCGCCGUCUGCUAAUUCCCCAACCGCCUCUCGCCCUCCUUUCCCCGUAGUGUGGUGGCUUGUCGGGGGACUCUCUUCUCUCCCCCCACCCCCGUUGAGGAACGUGUGAACCCGUCAUGGCGCGAAUAAAGGCUAAAUCUGUCCAGAGCGUGUCUGAUUGCUUUGUACAUCGAAAUAUAGAGGUUCAUGUUGUGCACUGAUUUUCUGCUAAUGAUAAUGGAUAGUGGGUAAGAGUAAGUGGUGAAUUCUACAUCUUUUCAAAAACACCAGGUAAACCUAGAUUUGUGUAGAUCGUGCAUUGGAACAGAUGGAUAAUGGAGACUGGGGAUAUAUAAUGACUGAGCCGGUCACUCUAAAUGUGGGUGGACACUUGUACACAACAUCGCUUACAACUCUUACGAGGUAUCCUGAUUCGAUGUUGGGGGCCAUGUUCAGGGGCGAUUUCCCGACUGCCAGAGAUUCUCAGGGCAAUUACUUCAUUGACCGAGAUGGGCCUCUUUUCCGGUACGUUCUCAACUUUUUACGAACCUCAGAGCUAACUCUACCAUUGGAUUUUAAGGAAUUUGAUCUGCUUCGGAAAGAGGCAGAUUUUUAUCAGAUCGAGCCCUUAAUACAAUGUCUGAAUGAUCCUAAACCUUUGUAUUCUGUGGAUACUUUUGAAGAGGUAGUAGAGUUGUCUAGUACACGCAAACUAUCAAAGUACUCCAACCCGGUGGCAGUGAUCAUCACACAGCUAACCAUCACAACCAAGGUCCACUCCUUGCUGGAAGGCAUUUCCAACUAUUUCACCAAGUGGAAUAAGCACAUGAUGGACACCAGGGACUGCCAAGUUUCUUUCACAUUUGGGCCCUGCGAUUACCACCAAGAAGUCUCUCUCAGAGUCCACCUGAUGGAGUAUAUAACAAAGCAAGGCUUCACCAUCCGAAACACGAGGGUCCACCACAUGAGUGAACGAGCCAAUGAAAACACAGUCGAGCACAACUGGACUUUCUGCAGGCUGGCGCGGAAAGCGGAUGAUUGAUUUUCUGUUCGUUUUCUUGUUUUUAAUUUUCAAGAAGAUGACCCAGCAUCCUCGGAACAAUGUAUUAUGAAUCGGUCUGGCUUUGUCUAAAACAGUAUUGGAGGCUUUCUGUUCUUAUUUUGCUAUGAAUAUUUAUUAUUGGUUUUUAAAGAUUGGAGAGUGGAUAUGUGCUGGACUCUUCUGUCUUUUGUCUCGUGAUAUGCAUGUGGCUGCUCUAAUAUUAUGACUUUUUAAAAACAAAGGAUACACAAGAGGGCAUCCUUUAAAAACAUGGCAGAUGAUCACAUUAUAACGUUUUUGUUUUGUUAUGGUCAUUGACCACAAUAUAGAAUGCUAAACAUCAGUCUCCAGGUUCAAACUGUGUUUAAUCCAUCUCCUUAUGAUUACAACUUCUGGGAACAAGAGUUAAAGGGUUAAAUAAGAAGUUAAAGCUGGAGAAAUUCCUUCUGGAUUGUCCCCAGAAAUGGCUAUGGUGCUUUUGGAGAUGAAAUACUACCAUCAUGUAAUCUAACAUUGUUUUUCCUUAAAUCAGUGAGUGAACAGUAUUAUAACAAUUUAGUUACCAACAAACCUCCAUUGUUUUUAUUUUCCAAAAUGCAGCAUUUUGCAGUUAUGGCAACUGUUCCUUUUUAUGCAUUAUAAAUCAAGCAACCAAAUAUUAUAUCUGCACAAUUAGAAGUAUUCAUAUUGGAUUCUGAAUGCAAAUCCAUCCUGUGGUAGAAAUCCUUAUUUUUUUAAUGCCAUGUGCAAUAUUAUUUCCAAAUGUAAUGCUUUUCAACAAACGCUAAUAAAACACAGUCUGGAAAUUAUAUUUGCAAGCUGUUUGUUCCUAGGACAUGUAAGAAUGGCAAAGGAAAGAACAUUUAAAAUAGGGACAGUACUUAAAAUUAUUGGCAGGGCUUUUCAAAGCAUUUGUAAAUGGAAAGUAGGCUGGACAAUGCAAAUGACAUUUUCUUAGAAUAGGAACCAAUAUGCCGUACCUCCUGUUCUGCUCUCCACCCCAUCUGAUAAUUAAAUGAGAAGUUUGCAUGCUAUACAAAGCCCUACUCUCUGGUGUAGCGUUUGUUCCCUAGGGGGCCUUUGGCCUCAUGUAAAGCAUUCUUAGAAAAUGAAGUGGGUUGGGGUGCAGGGAGCAGAAAUUGGUUGCAGAAGCAACUUCAUUUUUUGCGUUCUGAUAAAUUCCAUUUUUGCUAUGCCAUUUAGAGCAAUUGUUUCAUGACUAUAUCUUUCCAUGGAAAUCCUUUGUUGACAAUGUCCCCAAAACGAUCUCAAAAUUCCAGGGAUCCAUUCAGAUACAGAAAGAUUAUUCUUUCCAGUAUAGAAUCUGAAUACUUGGUCCAUUUGGCCCAAGAGCUCUUUAAAAUUUCCAGUGGUUUACUUUUGCUUAUGAACCCUGAAGUAAACUUUAGAACUAACUUUGAUGAAUAUUUGAACAACUUGGUGAUUUUUUCAUAGUUUAUCUAUAGCCAGAAAGUAAAAACUAUGGAAACUGAAAUCUUUCUUGUCUUUGUGGCUGCAUAGAUGGAUGAAUAAACUCAAGGUUUUCCUUGAGUUUAUCAUGACUCAUAUAUAAUGUUAAACCAUAGUUGAAUAUGUGCAAAUGUAGCCAGUUAGCCUGUAUGCAUGUACUUUUCAUAUGGAUUUGAUUUCAUACUCAUAUUGUUUGAAUUCUGGAAUAGAAAAAGGCUACUGCUAACCUGCAUCCUUAGGGAAUUAAUCCAUGUAGCUGUUAGUUCAAGCCUUUCUUAUAUUAUUUCCAAAGCUUUUACUAGCUUGCCUAAAUGUUCCUGGCUUGAAUACAUAAUUUUGAAUCCUGGAACAAUAUUUUGACAACUAUACAGAGCAGUACAGAAAUUGCUUUAAAAUAACAUUUAAGAGUAUGCUAUCUUAAGAGAUGCACGCUCAAGUUUAAGUGUUUCCCAAGCAUUCAGAUUUCAGGCUGUUUAAAUUGAUAUACCAGAUCAUGACAGAUUGCCAUUAAAAGUUUGCUUAAUUUAUUUUACAGAGCUUAUAGGCUACUCUGAUCACAGGGCAUUGGGUGGUGGCUGGAGACCCAUAAAUCUACCAAAUUCAGACUAGCCUCUAGACAAUCCUGAGAGGCAAAUAGGAAGAGUGCAUAAGGGCAGCUGCCAUGCAGAAAAGCAAACCUCAAAUUCUCUGAAUGCCAGCAAUUAUUCCCACCUCACCUUGGUACAUCAGAAAGGCCUGGUUGUGACAAUGAAACUGCUCAGGCUACAUCCGCUGUGUUCAAUUUCCACCCCCAAAUUGCAAAGGACAUUUUAUUGAUAGUGGAAAUAGAGAAAAAGAGGAUGGAGUCCUACCACAAUUUAUUAUUUCAGGCAUACACGCUUAAUGUUUUGAAACAGGAAACUAAAGCAUCAGGUAUCCUGGUAUAACCUAACCAUACUAUGUGCCAUUGCCAGCCUCACAUAAGGAACAAAGCAAGAGCUAUACUUCACUGAAAAGACACACUUCUCCUGAAAGAGAUGGCAUUCAUUCCAACAUGAUCCCUAACCACAAAACUAUACAAAACAAGAGGGAUGCAUCAUGUAAUUGACUAUUGCAGUGCACUGUAUACGGGGCUGUCCUUGAAAAGCAUCCAGAACCUGUCAGUCAGCUCAAAAUGCAGAGGCCUGCAUGGUUUUGUGUGAGUCCAAAUUUGCAUUUGUGUCACUUCUUUUGUGGAGCUUCACUGGUUGCUGAUUUGCUUCCAGGUGUAACUCAAGGUGCUGGUCAUCAGCUUUAAAUCCCUACAUGGCUUAGGGCAGGUUAAUUGAAAGAAUGCCUCUCCCCAGUUACAUGUCUCUGGCCCAACAAACAGAAAGGCAGGGAAUUGUUGCAAGUCCCAACUAUCAAGAAAGUACAUCCGGUGGAAUCUAGGAAAAGGACCUUCUCUGUGGUGGCUCUCUCCCUUUGGAAACAUUUCCCCUGGAGAUAAGAUUGGCCCCCACCUUGUUGCUUUUCUGCAAAGCCUUGAAGACAUGGUUUUGUCAGCGGGCUUGGGAAUUCCCACUCAGAACUGAUCAAAUGUGCUGACUGUUGUCACCACAACUGUGGGGGUGUGGGGGUGUUAAAUUGUGGGUUUUGACCACCAUCUGGAAUCACGAUGUAUUGAGCAGCUAGUCCUCAGCAAACAAUCAUUUCUUUAGUGAUUGUUUAAGUUAUAACAGCACUGAAAAAAGUGACUUCUGACCAGUACUCACACUUUUGACUAUCACAGCAUCGCCACAGUUAUGUGAUCAAAAUUUGGAUACUUGGCAGUGAGCGUGUAUUUCUGACAGCUGCAUUGUCCUAAGUCAUGUGAUCAUCAUUUGCCAACUGGCUUCUGAGAAGCAGUUCAAUGGACAGAAACCAAAUUAGCUUAAUGAUCACAAUUCACUUA